CGUCAGCUUUCACUGCUUCCGAUUAAUUUUUUGGCUCCCGAGAGGUUGCUGCCUGUUCGAGUGGGUUGCAAGAAAUCUUUAAAAAUUUUAACGGGUUUUUUUUAAAAAGCUUAGCAUUAGAGCCUAUUAAAUUUAAAUGAAAAGUGUAUCCGACCAGUCGGAAAAUUUAGAAGGAUUUGUACAGCCUUCUAACUUUGUUCCUUUUUCCACCUCUAACUAUUCAAGUUUAGUUACUAGUCAAAUAGUACCAGCUUACCAAUUCAAUUUACCGUAUGAUAACUUUGUUCAACGUAGUGCGCAGCAAACUUCAGCAAAUAAUUUUAUAAAGGAUGGAAACCAGAUAUUUGAGACGGAACAAACCUCUUUAGUAGGUGACUUAGUUUUGUCUCAGUAUCAGCAGUUCUCUGGAAGCAACCUUCCUCAUACUCAAUUUAGCUCCCUCAACGUAACGAGUACUCAAGAGGCGAAACCCCUUAACCAGGAAAAUUUAGAAAUUUACCUAAAAAGACUGUAUCAGCUUCAACAACAUAAUAACCUUAGCCAACAGCUGGGCCGGGAAGCUACUCCGCCUCCCUUGUCAAGUUCCACCGGGGUGUCCCACCUGCUAUCCCGGGGUCAAUCAUACUGUUCGAGUCUUCCUUCUACUCCUAUAUCAAAUGCUCCUUUACAGGAAGAGGGUCUAAACUCUUCCUUCCUAUCUCAGCAACCACCACAAGUCUUAGCUCAGCCGCCAUCACUUUAUAGUUACAUGCGACAAGUAGUUGCACCAACUUUAGUUCAACACACUCCCUAUGGUGCGAGCUUUUCUAGCCCAAACAGCCCAACUCAAAAUGCGCCUUCAAUGUUUCCUGCGAAUUGCACAGUAGCAGAUAGAUCUAAUCCCAUGGUUUACGCACCUCCUUUAAUUAGUGAUAGAAACGAAGAAUUAAGGAAAACUGCUAUAAAUAACCAACUACAGACCUGCAAGUCAAGUCCGUCUAAAACUAGAGUCGAGAUGCUUAACAAUGUUAAUAAGACAAUGGCACCACGCGAAAAAGGAGUAGCUUCAAGUCACACUGAAGAGGCCCACCGGCCUUCUUUGAGUUACGCAAGCUUGAUAGCCCAAAGUAUUUUCGCUUCAAAGGAGAAAAAACUAACGUUGCACGAAAUUUAUGAGUUUAUAUCAAAUGCAUAUCCUUACUUUGAACUUCGCAAGUCGUCUAGUUGGCAGAACAGUGUCCGCCAUAACCUAUCAGUAAAUCGCUGUUUUCAAAAAGACAUGGAGGUUUUCCCAAAUGGCAAAAAAAUUGUUCGCUGGAAAAUUAAUCCGGAUUUCGCGAAUUCUUUUACCUCCGACGGCACUUAUUUAAGUCCGCGUAAAAAGUUUAACACGACUGGAAAAUUAAUGAAGCGGGUGCGCAACUCAAAUCGCUUAAAAAUGGCCAAAACUGUUAACGUUGAGAAGGUCUUCGCGUCUAGUUCGCCAGUUGUGCAACAAAUUAGUAGUUGUGCUAGUUCACCUUUAGCUUCCCCGUUUCACUCCCCACUCAUGUCGCCUCUUAAUUCAAGCCUCGAAAAUGAUGCGCUGAUGGGGACGGAACUUUUUAAUAAUUUUAAACCAAGUUCAUCGUUUUUAAACAACCCUUCAGGUGGUGAGCUUUUAAAUGGAAACGACCAGUCACAGAAUCCCCUACUUACUUUAGGCUCUCUAAGAGUUGACAGCAAUUUAGCUAGCGUGGACAUAACCCUACCAGAAGUGCUAAAUGGGGUAAAGGACAGUAAACUAAGUCCUUACCAAGCCGAGAGAGAAAAUUAUAAUAGCAACGGUAGUGGGGUUGAGAAAGAUGAUAAUAACGCUUUUACCGGAGAUUGGCUAAGCUCGCUUGAAGACGAUAGAUGGUGGAACACCCAAUAGCCUAAGCGUUUACCAAUUAAAUAAAAUUAUGUAUUAAGUUUGU